UUGAUGAAAGAAUGUCCUUCACAUGGAGUAAAACCAAGGGUUUCUUCUUAUUUAAAUGUACUUUGUCUCCUUAAUUGCAUAUUUUUGCUUUGGAUAAUGCUGGGGUGUAGAGUUACUGUCUUCAGAUGCAUUAGUGUUGCUGAGCAACACAGGACAACACUGAGAUCAGGUGUAGCAUCUGUUUCAGACCCGCUUUGGCUUUUGAGGGCUAACACGUCUGCUUUGACAAUUUCAGCAGUCUGGACAGCAAUGAUAUGGAGAUUCUUCUCACACUCGAGGCAGUCUGAGAGCAAACCAUGAAAGAGACAGUUUGAAGAAUGUUCAAGAAGAUCAAUAAUGUGUUUCGUCCCAACCACCAUGGGCACAGGGGCCAGGAUGCUGGGGCCAAACAGGACUACCACAGCGCCUGCACGGUCAGACUGGUCCGCAGCACAUCCAUGUUGGUGGUGGGGGAGAAAAGAUACACAGCCGAAGGUUCAACUUUAAAGAGGAGCAAAAGUACGGUGAGCAUAGAGUCGACUCUGUAUUACUAUCAGAGACAGGAGGACCGGGUCUGGCUGUACUCUCAGAGUCAGAACUGCUUGGAGUACUUGGAGGCACUGGUGGCUCUGAGGAGGCAGUACAACAAGAGUGUGAGUGACCUCGAGAGCCAAGAGGCCAAAUCUACUUUGUGUACAAAGAAGAAACAGGCACCUCCACCACCGCAGAAGGACCCACCUAAACCAGCAGCCAAACCCUCAACCCCUCUGGUUCCCAACGAGGAAGACACUCUGCAGUUCUUUGAUGCAGUGAUCGCCAGCUGUGACAAGGAACCUGUGCAAAAACCCUACAGGGAUAAUGGACAUGCGGAUGUGGAUUUCAUAGUGGCGUCGAGCUCGACUGAGCACGACCUUCACUCCAACUGGGUGUUGAAGGUCCCUCGAGUUGCAGAUGGUUCCACACAGCCAGCAGUUAGAGACAGUGCCAUUGAAAAAGUCCCAAAGAAGAAGAACCAGAGCGGAUCUACAAGCAGCAGACUGCGUCUUCAGAGGAACCCCAUCCACCUGCCCAAAGUGGUGGAGAGCGCCUUCCAGACGCUGCGCUUCAAGCCCAAACUAAAAAAGCAGUGAAGCUCGAUGGGCAUCUGAAACAUAAGCCCCCGCCACAAUGCUUGAACACUUCUUUGCUCAGGAGUUGUAUUCAGCAAACUUCUUUGUGAACAUUUAACAUUUUACUUAAAGGAAAAGAUUCAAAAAAAUCACACUCUCAAUGAGCAAAAUGAGCUCGGAUUUCCACUCUGGGACACAAAUCCAGGACACAGAGACUCUGAAACAUUUUUUUUUUACUUUUGUUUAACGCCUUUCUCUGCUGUGGCACAAGAACAUAAAAGAUAUGGCCUUAGUUUUUACAUUUUUUUGAACAAAUUAACAUUUUCACACUUGAUUUCAGUCAUGAACAUUAGGAUUUUAACAAGGACGGCAUGAGGUUUGAAAAUGCUGCACAAAGAAAAAAGAAAGGAUGCUUCCAGUCAAAGGGCUUUUUGAGCUGAACAAUUUAAGGGAAACGUUCAAAACUGUGGCAGCUCUGUAGUUCUGCCCGAUUACAGUUAAAAGUUUUCAACCUGAGCGUCUCCUCUGCUUCAAAGUGUCAAUGCCAACUGUAAAACACAAAAAUGGCUUCCAUUUAAGCGCUCAGCCCUUCGCACAAAAGGGUUUUAUUCUACUGGCAGAAUUCACGGCUUAACUGAUCUGAGCGCCUCCGACUCCAGAGCCUCCAUUACAACCAAUCUUGCUUAAUUUAAUCAGAGUUCAACUUUAGAGUUUUGUUGCAUUAACCUGAAGACCUCUGUGGCAUCUGGCAAUGCCGUUUGUGUUUAAACUCUUGUUUUUUAAGUGUAAGAUGCAUUAAAAAAUGACUUUGAGCUCUUAACACUAACAGAAAAAAGAACUUUGUACUGAAGUGCACUUAUGUCUUACUUUCAAUCUAUUUUCUCCUGUUUUUCCUCAUGAUUUCAUUAAAUGUAAUUAAAAUGCAAACCAAAGACAGUGUUUUUCCUUUCUACUCCCCCAGUGGAGGCUUUUCAUUUUGCAGUACAGCAUUCUGCACUUCAGGGCAGAGAAAGGAAGCCUCUUCGGUUAGGUAAUGCUAAAUCAUUUGAGUUGUAGCCCAACUUUGACAUAACAGCCAAAUGAAAUCCUGAGGAAAAACACAAUUAAGCAGUCCAACUAAAUAUCAGAUUUAAGGCCAGACUGUGACGAAAAUUGUGCUUUUAACAUGUUCAUGUCCCAGAAAACACUGGU